GUACGUUGACUCCUGUUCAAACAGUAACUGCUUGAAACAAAUAAGGUUCAGACAUCGCAGCAGAGUGACUUUUCACCACUCGUCCUUUGGAAUCUUGAUUAAUCAUAAUCAUAAUAAUACUUUCAGUCGUCUCGUGUGUUAUUCACAACUUUUGCACGAGUUGUAUUGUACGGCAAGAAUAGCCAGAACCACUGCAUGCGUCGGGUGAUGCAACACAAUGGUGCCCAAAUAACACAAUAAACACUCAAGUUUUUUAACAGUGGUGCUGCGAGUGCUAUAUACUUGUAUAAUAAUAUCGCAUAUAUAUGCAUGUACAUAUAUCCGACGUCUGUUCUGUCUGAGCUGAAAUUUUGCAAGGAGCAGAAGUAAUAUAAUAAUAAGUCUCCAUUGAGUGGUACUGAUCGAGUUGAGGGAUUAUCACGUCAUAUUUAUCAGUAGUUCAUAUUUGUCAUACAAUAAGUGAUAGUAGGAAUUUGCUGUUUUCAGUAAACUCUGAUACAAUAUUUGUGCACAUCCCAGACAGACUCCGAUUCUGACAGACUGUUAUUUGUGAUCUCUUGUUUAUUUCCUCGAAUUAUUACGACACUUCUCAUCAAACGUAAAUAUGCCAUUGCAAACUAAGAUUGACCUAACCUUGGGUCAAAAUGGGGACAAAACUACCUCCGAACCGGUUGGAAUUAGUGGGAGGAAGAGUAAUCUAAGUGAGGACCAUUCCGUAUCUGGAGAUUUGGCUGAAAGUCUUAUGUUGAUGAAAGGGAGUGAGAGUCCCACUUAUGGGAGUCCAACUUCGUUCCAAAUCCCCAAAAUUCGACACUCGCAGUUGGACGACACUUAUGAAGAAAUGGUUGGGACAAUUCUCAUGCAAGAGAACAAUGUGAUUCAGAUUGCCAACGAGAUUUCCACCCCGUUUGAAGUGCCUCAAUUUCCCAUUGAACAAAUUGAGACCAAAUUAGCCCUUCAGCGACAACUUAGCAUCAGCAAGACCAAAACGGACGUCAAGGCGAAGGAUUUCGAGGCGCGGUCACAGCAUGGCUUUGAACCAACCCUCGGAGUCACACCGGACGAAGGAGACCACGAUGGUAGCGUCAAGGACGACUUUGAAUUUGAUUUUGUUCCUCAUUUCCAAAGGGUUUCCGUUUCUGGAGAGGACACUUCCGGGGUCCCCUAUGAAGAUCUGGUUCAUGCAUCAAAAUAUCUUGUGAAUGCUUUGCGCCUUCGGGAAAACUAUAUGGCCAAAUCUCGUCAAAGUUUCUUGAACAUAACUUCACGAUUUCUUGCUGCUCUGGAUCAACCUCAGAAGCAGCCUGUGCAGGAACACCAUGAUGAUAAGAAGACGAUUGAUGCGGUUUUAGAGUUGGCAGAAAUGACUCAGAAACUAGAGCAACUUAGAGAUCGAUGCCAGAAAAACCGUUGUGAUCAUGGCGUCGAAGGCAUUGGAGAAAGUACGAGUGACACUGUUGCUGUUGCACCCAAGUUUUGCACCACAAACCAGACUGACCCUCGUCUAACUUCUUCGAUAAACAAGUUGGUCAAAACGCUCAAGUCCACUUCUGAGUCUAUUGAUAAAACCCGUGUUUCUGUAUCUGGAUUUGAGUCAAGAGUUGAUCAAAUUAAGAAUGACUUGCUCAACCCCACUCAGGUCCAUGUUAAAAUGAAACCGAGAAAGAGUUUGUAUGUGGAUGAAGACAAUAGUGACACGGACAUUCCAAAGACUGAAGAAGCACGUCAACUUAAAGAAACUGAAGUGCUCCACAUCAACGAUCCUUUUGCUGAGGAAAGCUGGACGGUGGAUGGUUUGGUACAACAAAAGGGUUACUAUAAGAAGUCCAAAGACCAUCCAAUCCAUCCACCCUCCGGGCGAGACAACCCUUGGGAAAUUGAGUUCCAGCCAAGUCUCAACUGGAUUUUGAAAUUCAAAGAAGGGGUGUGCCAGGUCUUCCCGAAUGAAGAAGCCCAACAAAAGGAGGAGCCGAACAACUAUCCAUUUCCGGGACUCCACGAGUACAUUCGGGAUAUGAAAAUUCUUUGUGUGAUGAUUGCUGAUGGACCCUUGAAAUCAUUCUGCUUUAAACGAUUAAGCUAUUUAUUUUCCAAGUAUCAACUCCAUGCUCUGCUGAAUGAGGUUCAAGAGUUGACAGCUCAGAAAGAUGUACCACAUCGAGAUUUUUAUAAUAUUCGCAAAGUGGAUACUCAUAUUCAUGCAGCCUCAUGUAUGAACCAGAAGCACCUUCUUCGCUUUAUCAAGAAAACGCUAAAGAAUCACGCAGAUGAAAAAGUGUGCCAUAAUGAAAAGGGGGAGUUGAUGACAUUGAAAGAAGUAUUUCAGUCCAUGAAUUUGACUGCCUAUGAUUUGACGGUCGAUAUGUUGGAUGUCCACGCUGAUCGAAACACAUUUCAUCGCUUUGAUAAGUUCAAUGCAAAGUAUAAUCCAAUCGGAGAAUCCCGGCUGAGGGAAGUUUUCCUUAAAACCGACAACUUUAAUGAUGGACGAUACUUUGCACGCAUUAUUAAAGAGGUGAUGGCAGACUUUGACGAAAGCAAGUAUCAAAAUGCUGAACUACGGCUGUCAAUCUAUGGUCGAAGUAGGGAUGAAUGGGAUAAGCUUGCCAAGUGGGCAAUCACCAACAACUUGUACUCGGAUAAUGUUCGAUGGUUAAUCCAAGUUCCACGACUUUAUGAUAUUUACAAGUCAAAGAACCUGAUUAGCAACUUCCAAGAGAUUCUAGAAAAUAUCUUCAUGCCCAUUUUUGAGGCGACGAAUGACCCCAACACUCAUCCGGACUUGCAUCGAUUUCUGCAAUAUGUCAUUGGGUUUGACUCUGUUGACGAUGAGAGUAAACCAGAACAUCCUCUCUUUGAUCACAAUGUGCCAACGCCUGACCGCUGGGCGGAGAAGGAGAAUCCCCCAUACUCUUACUAUUUGUACUAUAUGUAUGCAAAUAUGGCUAUUUUGAACCAUUUCCGAAGGGAGCGAGGUCUCAACACAUUUGUUUUUCGCCCUCAUUGUGGAGAAGCUGGCCCCGUUCAGCAUUUGGUGUCUGCAUAUUUGCUGGCUGAGAACAUUUCUCAUGGGCUCCUCCUGCGAAAGGUUCCCGUUCUGCAAUAUUUAUAUUAUUUGGCCCAAAUUGGAAUCGCCAUGUCGCCGUUGAGCAACAACUCAUUGUUCUUGAAUUACAAUCGGAAUCCACUCCCAGAGUACUUAGCACGGGGUCUUUGCAUCAGUUUAUCAACGGACGACCCACUCCAGUUCCACUUCACCAAGGAACCCUUAAUGGAGGAGUAUAGCAUUGCAGCUCAGGUCUGGAAACUGAGUGCAUGUGACAUGUGUGAACUCGCGAGGAACAGUGUUAUCAUGAGCGGUUUUAAUCACAAGUCUUCAAUGAUUUCCGUUCAGGUGAAACAGUACUGGUUGGGACCCAAUUACACAAAGGAUGGCGUCGCUGGUAAUGACAUCAGCAGGACCAAUGUGCCCGACAUCCGCGUCUGCUAUCGUCAUGAAACACUAGUCGAAGAGCUAGCAAAUAUAUUCAAGGUCGUCGAGCGGAUUAGCAAGCCACAAGUAAAAGGCUUCAUUUUUCGAGGAAUGCAAUAAAUGAGCAUUUCCAAUUUGAGGACACUGUUUGGAUGGGGGAUAGCAAUUUAUUUUAAACUUGACCUCUCUCUCUCACUGUGAUGACGUAUGUACUAAGUAAUAGGCAUGACCGAUGCCAGUGGAUGCUUGUUCCCAUAAUAAAUAAUACAUGUAUAAAUACUAUAAAUGAUGAUGUAUGAAAAAAUAUUGACUACUAUACAGCAAUCAUUGCGAUGAAUCUUUCUUGAACCAUGUGGUGCCAAUUUGAAUCGAACUCUGAUGUGAUUAUUUAAAAAAUUUUGACUAAUACAUAUAUUUAUAAUUUAUAUCGAACUGUGUCAGGAUGAACUAAUCAUUGGGGAUUAUUUUUAGAUUGCAUAAUGUAAUAAAUAUUUAGAAUGAUUUUAAUGUUAAUAUAUGUAUUAAUUUUUUCCGGAUUUUUAGAUUUACUGACCAACUGCUAUUAAUAAAAAGAACAUGAUGUUAUGAAGGUUAUGAUGCUAUUUAGUAAUAAAGUUGGAAAUUACGAAUAGUA